CGGAGACCUCCUUGUAUGGGAUCAGAGAUCAAUUUAUAAGAGCCAUGGACGAAGGGGCUGCGCAGUCCCCGGGCCAAGAGCAGCUGGAGGCACCUGCCCAGGUAGGAGCUGUCCAAGGGAAGUGUGAGUCAGAGACCUUCAGGUCUAAGAGUUUACCGGUCCUGCACAGUGCCUCCUGCCGGCAGAAUCUCAGGGCUGAGAAUGCAGACGUCAACCUGGCCUUGGGCCGCCCUGAAGCUAUGGGUGCCCGGGAGAAGCAUCGAGGACGGAGCUUGAUAGUCCCUAGUCCUUCCGCCCCAUCCACUUCGGUAGGGACUGCCGCGGGACUCAUGGACUGUAACCACAGGGUGGACCCCGGCAAACCCGUGUCGGUGUCUUCGCCUCUGGCCGCCCUCCAGGAGAGAAGGUGUCUCUACGUGGUCCUCACGGAUUCUCGCUGCUUCCUAGUGUGCAUGUGUUUUCUGACCUUCAUCCAGGCAUUGAUGGUCUCCGGGUACCUGAGCAGUGUCAUCACCACCAUCGAAAGGCGCUAUAGCCUCAAGAGUUCCGAGUCAGGGCUGCUGGUCAGCUGCUUCGACAUAGGAAACCUGGUGGUGGUGGUCUUCGUCAGCUACUUCGGCGGCCGUGGGCGAAGGCCCUUAUGGCUGGCGGUGGGUGGACUUCUCAUCGCCGUCGGGGCUGCCCUCUUCGCCUUACCUCAUUUCAUCUCACCUCCCUACCAAAUCCAAGAGUUGAACGCUUCUGCCUCCAACGAUGGCCUUUGUCAGAAUGGCAACUCCACGGCUACCUUAGAGCCUCCUCCCUGUCCCAAGGACUCUGGAGGAAACAGUCACUGGGUCUACGUGGCUUUAUUCGUUUGUGCACAGGUUCUCAUUGGAAUGGGCUCCACACCGAUUUACACCCUGGGACCAACCUAUUUGGAUGACAAUGUCAAGAAAGACAAUGCAUCCUUGUACCUAGCCAUCAUGUACGUCAUGGGAGCACUUGGCCCUGCAGUAGGGUACCUGCUGGGUGGGCUGCUCAUUGGCUUUUAUGUCGAUCCCAGAAACCCCGUUCACCUUGACCAGAACGACCCUCGUUUCAUCGGAAACUGGUGGAGUGGAUUCCUCCUUUGUGCCAUUGCAAUGUUUCUUGUGAUAUUCCCCAUGUUUACUUUUCCAAAAAAGCUUCCGCCUCGACACAAGAAAAAGAAAAAAUUUUCUGCUGGCGUCACUAGUGACGAUGACAUCAUCAAGGAGAAAUCAAAGACAAGCGAACAAGUGGACAAAAAAGUAUCUUCAAUGGGCUUUGGAAAGAAUGUCAGAGACCUACCGAGAGCAGCUGUCAGGAUCUUAAGCAACAUGACAUUCCUUUUUGUGAGUUUGUCGUACACAGCCGAGAGUGCCAUUGUCACUGCUUUCAUUACCUUCAUCCCCAAGUUCAUCGAGUCACAGUUUGGUAUCCCAGCUUCCAAUGCCAGCAUCUACACUGGUGUCAUCAUUGUCCCCAGCGCUGGGGUUGGCAUUGUGCUGGGAGGCUACAUUAUAAAGAAACUGAAGCUUGGUGCGAGAGAAUCUGCAAAGCUGGCAAUGAUCUGCAGCGGGGUGUCUCUGCUUUGCUUCUCCACCCUGUUCAUUGUUGGAUGCGAAAGCAUCAAUCUGGGAGGUAUAAACAUCCCUUACACAACGGGACCUUCUCUGACCAUGCCCCAUAGGAAUCUGACAGGAAGCUGCAAUGUUAAUUGUGGUUGUAAAAUACAUGAAUACGAGCCAGUCUGUGGAUCGGAUGGAAUCACAUACUUCAACCCGUGCCUGGCUGGCUGUGUUAACAGCGGUAAUCUUACCACCGGGGUUCGGAAUUACACGGAGUGCACCUGUGUCCAGAGUCGACAAGUGAUCACGCCGCCCACGGUGGGACAGCGCAGCCAGGUCCGAGUGGUCAUUGUGAAAACCUAUCUCAACGAGAACGGCUAUGCUGUGUCGGGGAAGUGUAAACGCACUUGCAAUACCCUCAUCCCCUUCCUGGUGUUCCUUUUCAUAGUUACCUUCAUCACGGCAUGUGCCCAACCGUCAGCCAUCAUCGUGACACUCAGGUCCGUGGAAGAUGAGGAAAGGCCCUUUGCUCUCGGAAUGCAGUUUGUUUUGUUGCGAACACUUGCUUACAUUCCUACUCCGAUUUACUUUGGAGCCGUGAUUGACACCACCUGUAUGCUCUGGCAGCAGGAAUGUGGCGUGCAGGGCUCUUGCUGGGAAUACAACGUGACGUCCUUUCGUUUUGUCUACUUCGGUUUGGCGGCUGGCCUCAAAUUUGUUGGCUUUAUUUUUAUCUUCCUGGCCUGGUACUCGAUCAAAUACAAAGAGGAUGAAUUGCAGAGGCGGAGGCGUAGAGAGUUCCCGCUGAGCACUGUGAGUGAACUAGUGGGCCAGCCCAACAAAGCGGAGAAAUAUGCCCGGACUACAUCAUGCCCAGCCUUCAGCACCCAGGGGGAACUCCAUGAAGAGACUGCUCUGCAAAAGGGAUUUCCAUGCACCACACAGACAUACCCUGGGCCUUUCUCAGAAGCAAUAAGUCCCUCGGCAGACCCUGGGCUGGACGUGAGCCCUGACGCUGCUGCUCUGUAGUGUCCCUGCUGAAGCCCGGAAAAGAGAGACGUGUUCUGUUGGUUGAGUUGAAUAUGGCGACUUGAGAAACACCUGUGCCUUCUUUCUUUCUUUUUUUUAAACCUCCACAGACACAAUCCUCAAACCAACAAAACUCAGUACACACAGCCACUGUUGGCUGAGGGCUGGAUACCUCAACAAGACUGAGAGCCUUUCCCCUCUUUUCUCCAGGGAGGAGCUUAGGUUGAUCUGUUGUCACUUCUGCUAGGUUCAUUUAAUGCUCACGCGCCUGAGGUCCAUGGCGAAUCAUGGGAAAG